AUGUCGACUCCAGCUGACGUCGCGGGCAGAGGAUCAAUCACUCAUGUCAUAUUCGACAUGGACGGUCUUCUUCUCGAUACUGAGAAGUUCUAUACUGAGGUCCAAGAAAUCAUACUUGCUAGAUUCAACAAAACAUUUGAUUGGUCUCUCAAGGCUAAGAUGAUGGGUAGAAAAGCUAUAGAAGCUGCCAGGAUUUUUGUUGAAGAAAGCGGGAUCAGUGAUUCUCUUUCAGCUGAGGACUUCCUUGUCGAGAGGGAGGCAAUGUUGCAAGACCUUUUCCCUACUAGUAAGCUAAUGCCAGGGGCUAGCCGACUAAUCAAGCAUCUUCAUGCAAAGAAUAUUCCAAUUUGUAUUGCUACAGGUACUCAUACACGGCAUUAUGAACUAAAAACCCAAAGACACAGAGAGCUUUUCUCAUUGAUGCAUCACGUAGUUCGCGGUGAUGAUCCAGAGGUGAAGCAAGGAAAGCCUGCCCCAGAUGGCUUUCUCGCUGCAGCUAGGAGAUUUAAGGUCGGUCCUGUAGAUCCACAAAAGGUUCUGGUAUUCGAAGACGCUCCAUCUGGAGUUCUUGCUGCUAAAAAUGCCAAAAUGAACGUGGUCAUGGUGCCGGAUCCUAGACUAGAUAUCUCUCACCAAGAUGUUGCAGACCAAAUCCUAACCUCUCUACUCGAUUUUAAACCGGAAGAAUGGGGUUUGCCUCCGUUUGAAGAUUCAAACUAGAUGAUACAACAAGCUUCUUUAAGGUAAUGAUAAAAAAUUCAGAAUCAUGAAUCCGUGAGAAGGUGAUUGUUUGUCCUAUUAUAUUGUUUUGGCAUUUACAUGACAAGGCCAUGGGGUUUUUAUGUCGUCAACGGGUUGGUUUAUAUGUUUUUUUUGGUUAUAUUGAUGACACAAAUAGAAAGUAAGUGGUGACAUGACGUGAGACCAAACAAAAAUAUUGCCUCAAUGUUUAAACAAAUUAUUCUUGUACAACUACUCUUACCCACAAGUUUCAACAUUGGCUUA